CUCCUCUCGUCUUUUACUGUCAGUCAUCAUUCACUCAUCUGUGUGUGUGCAUCAAGACCUUUCCUCUGGUGAUUCAGGAUGAAUACAACAACAGAGACCACUGAUCAAGGUGUAUACAACAGCAAACCUUAUCCCCCAUCUAGGCCAGUCAAAAACCACUCACAUGGGAGAGGGUCUCGCCCUGAUUGGUUGCUCUACACAAUUCCUGCAUCAGCCUUCAUCAUUGGAGUUGUUCUGUUCGCCUUUGUCUGCAAAACACAACGACGCAGGAAGUCAUGUGCGGUGCAGAGGACACACACAAAUGGACACUUAGCGACUCACUCUGGGAAGGGUACGCAGGGGCAUAUCCAGAGCGAUGACAUUAAUAUGAAGGACGAGACGCAGUCUUAUGAGAAUGUGGAGGCAGCUAUCUACAACAAUCAAGAUAAAGUCACAUAUUAUUGUCCUGAAGAUCAAGAUUACCUUACACCUGAUGCAUUGGGAGAAGAGGAAGGGGUGGGGCCAGAGACACAUCAGCACACCCUACAGGUGCCUACAAAUUUGACAGAUACAGAUGGAGAGUCGUAUGAGAACAUGGAGGGAUGUUUGUAUGCUCAACCACGCAAAUGCUCACGGCAACUCAAACACACCACUGAAGUGGAAGAGCAAUAUGGAGUCAUGGAUGAUUCAAACAUUCCCUGUAAAGACUUCUUAGGAGCCCAUGACACCACAGAGGAUGACUAUAUCAAUCCUGAUGAAGAUGCACAAAAAGAUCUUGCUAUGGGCCACACAGACACGGAGUCGUAUGAAAUGAUGGCUGGACCAGACUUUCCAUUUGACGGCACAGAGGACGAUUCAUAUGAACAGAUGAAUGGAAUCCCAGUGCCGUACCAGAGAGAGAUGGACGGAUUGAGAGAGGGUGAAUGACAGACGGAGAGAGAAAGAGGAGAACAGCAAUACAGUAUUAUAGUGUGAGAACAAUACGAGAGGGAGAGAGUGUUUUUUCUGAGAUGAAAACUUUGAAACCGCUACAGAAUGAAUAGGAAUUUUUGAGGAAUUGCUGAAAAACAAACAUUGGAGUCAACAUGGGUCCUAUAUUAAUUUAGUAAGAAAUAUCUCAGUCGUAUUGUGCAUAAUUCACCAGUGCAUUUAUUUGAAAGAAAAUGUCUUUUUUUGGUAAUCUUUCAACAUAAUGUAAUCAUGUCACAUUGCAUAGGUUAAAAGCGUUGUGAAUGCCAUUUCAUGUCUUCAAACUGCCUUCAGUCAGUGCAGAACAUAUAUUAUAUACAGUGCCUUGCAAAAGUAUUCAGACCCCUGACCAAUUAUCUCAUAUUACUGAAUUACAAAUGGUGCAAUGAAAUUUAAUUUUAAAACACUGGAACUCAAGAUCAAUUAUUGUUAGGUGACAUUGGUUUUAUGUUGGGAAAUGUAUAAAAAAGAAAAACUGAAAUAUCUUGUUUGCAUUAGUAUUCAACCCCUGUGCUGUGGAAGCUGCCAGGUUACACCGAUGAAAGAAAUUGCCCUAAAGAGGACACGAUUACUUUAAAGUUGCAAUCUCAUUUUCUGGAUAAAAACCCCAUCGUUGAAGGAUCAUUGGUUAGGCUGUGGAUCUGAAGGAAAAUGAAGACCAAAGUGCAUUCCACAGAAGUUAGAGAUAAAGUAAUAAAUAUGCAUUGAUCAGGCAAAGGGUACAAAAUAUUAUCCAAAUGUUUGGAUAUCCCAGUGAGCACAGCUGGAUCAAUAAUCAGGAAGUAGAAGCUGCACCACACCACCCAGGCACAGCCAAGAAAAGGCCGUCCCUCAAAACUCAGCGCUCUAACAAAAAGUAGUCUUGUGAGAGAAGCCACAGAGAGGCCAACAAUCACUUUGAAGGAGCUACAGAGUUCAGUGGCUGGGAGUGGAGUAAUGGUGCACCAGUCAACCGUAUCAAGAGCACUGCAUAAUGCUGGCCUGUAUGGGAGGGUGGCAAGAAAGAAGCCAUUACUUAAAAAGUACCAUCUGCAAGGAGUGACCCAGCUGCGAUGUGGGAGGUUUUGUGGUCAGAUGAGACCAAGAUAGAGCUUUUUGGCCAAAACUCAAAAGCACUAUGUGUGGUGCAAACAUAACUUCCUGUGCCUCAAGACACACCAUCCCUACAGUGAAGUAUGGUGAUGGCAGCAUCAUGUUGUGGGGAUGCAUCUCAUCAGCAGGGACUGGGUGUCUGGUUACAAUUAAAGGAGGAAUGGAUGGAGCAAAAUAUAGAGAACCUGCUUCAGUCACUAAAAAACUGAAGCUUGGGGGGAAAUUCACCUUUCAGCUUGACAAUGAUCCCAAACACAAGGCACAGUUUUUUAUUUUUCAUAAAAAUAUUUCCCAACCAAAAAAAAACAAUGUCACUUUACAAUAACUGAUUUUGAGUUCCAGUGUUUUAUAAUUAAAUUUCGUUGCACCAUUUGUAAUACAGUAAUAUGAGAGAAUUGGUCAGGGGUCUGAAUACUUUUGAAAGGCACUGUAUAUAGCAUAUUAUAUUCAUAAAAGUUCCUUGAUUUGUAGAAGAUUUCUGUCAUGUUUCAGAUCAUUUAUUUUGCAAAUGCUUACAGGUUUAUUGUCAAUGACACACAAAACCAAACUAUGUGCAACUGGGACGUGUACGGUUUUGCAUGUUUAAAAACCAAAACAAAGACACAAAGCAGAAGUCCAUAGAUCUAUUAAAUACAUUACA